CCGCAGUGGAAUUGUCCCCGGAUCCGUGCUUUCGACGGUCACUCAUUGCUCUGCUUCCCCCACUGAAAAGUGCCAUCGGCCUGCGUGUGCUGACGGAUUUUGAUUCUUCUAACGACCUCACCUCCACACAAACCCUUUCCAAAUCAUCACAUCAUGGGCGCCGGCAGCUCCAAGCCCGAGGCCUCGGCCGGCUCGAAGCACGUUUUCACGAGCAAUUCCCCCGUUCAAUUCUCCUCCAACCUAGUCGACUCCCUCCAGAGCAACACCGAGACCGAUUCAGCCCGCGCCAAAGCCCUGGAACUCCAAAUCCAAGCGCGCGUCUCGGAAGAACUCGAGCGCCUGCGCGCCCGCGAACAGCAAACCCUCGCCGAGAUCGAGAAGCGUCUCGCCGAAGUCAGAGAAACCGCCGCCUCGCAAACCUCCUCCUCAUCCUCCACCUCAUCCUCCACGCCAAACAUCGCCUACCCGCCCGGCUCCCUGAACUUGGAUGCGCCCCGUAUCCCCUUCGCCGGCCGCGAGGCCACCCCGGCCCCGGCCCCGGAGAACCAGAAGCCCAUCAACCUGGACGUGUCGCGCGACUCGGUGAACUCGGAGAUCGAGGAGCUGCGUGCCCGGCUUGAGGGUCGGCGGCGGUUGGCGCAGCUGGACGAAGAGGCGGAAAAGGCCCGCGCCGAUGUGGUGGGUUGCCUGCGCUUGAAUGACCGGCGGCCGUUGAAUUGCUGGAAGGAGGUGGAGAGCUUCAAGCGAGAGGUGGCGAAGAUGGAGGAAGCCUUUGUGGAUCGGAUUGUGGGUUAAGUUUUAGUGGAAGAGAACGAAAAAUUUUGAAGGGCAGGGGGGGGGAGUAAAGUGGUUGAUGAAAGUUGAUGUUGCGCUACUAGACUCAAGGAGAGUGAUCAAGAAGCAUUGUUUGCAGGGUUGUGGAUUAUUUGUAUGUUGUAAGUGUGUAUGCGUGUGUGCGUAUGUAUGUGUUAGCUAUACAGUAUUGUUUCUUAUGGA